AUGGCCGCCGUUGCAUUAGACGCUUCUUUGGCCAAUGUCCUGAGUUCCUUGGAUUUGGACAAAGUGCCCGAGAAAUUGAAAUGCACGCGCUGCCACAACUUCAACCUCAAUCCGUACAAGACGUCUUGUUGCGAUGUCGGCAUCUGCGAAUCAUGCUUCAGCACUACCCGCGGCUCCAGUUGUCCAAAAUGCGAACAUUCACCAUUUACCGAUGACAUCUGCAAGCCGAGUAAGGCCAUGCAAAAGACCAUCAAGGUGUACCUCAAGACACAAGAGAAGAUGAAAGUGGAGGAGCGGGCCAAAUCCGAUGGGCAAGAGGAGGCAAUCCUCCCAUCAGACACUGGCAAACCCGUCGUGAACGGUGGCAGCCAAACAGACGGGGUUGUGGCAGGGGUGCUAGAGGAGCAGCCACCAGGAGACACCCCAGAGAAGGACGAGACGCCUGCUGUCGAUGUCCAGCCGUCUAUCGAGGAACCUGACCUUGAACCGGCCGAUAACGACGACGAUAUUGAGAUCCAGGUGGAAGCCGAGGAUGAGCAUCUCCAACCACUUCCCACCCGAGUCAAGAGUACAGAAGACACUCCUCAACCCCAAUCCGUCAACUCGUUCGAGAACAAACCGAACUCACAAGAUGUGAGCAAAAGUAACACCGAGGGUUUCAAUGGCAUGGACUUUUCAAACAUGAUGAACGGGUUCGGCAACAUGGAUUACAACCAGAUGAUGCAAAUGAUGACGGCGAACGGGAUGGGCUUCAAUCCAAUGAUGGGUAUGCCUAUGGGAAUGAAUCCAAUGUCAGCUGGCAUGUUUGGCGGAUUUGGCGGUCCAAACGGAGGCAUGAACAUGAAUGGGAUGAAUGGCAUGAACAUGGCUAUGAACUACAAUGCCAACCAAGGAAUGUAUGGCUGGGAUGGCCAGAACAACAAUAUGUGGCAGAAUAAUAAUGCAAAUGCAUUCCCGAAUGGCAUGGGCAAUGACUUCGGUUCCAACUAUGGUUUCAAUAUGGGCCCCUCUGGCAACUUUCAACAGCCCUAUGCCUCUGGUGAUUUUCAAAACGGCUACCACGGCCGCGGCUAUGGCAGAGGCCGUGGCCGUGGCCGUGGCGGCUUUGCGAGAGGUCGGGGUAACUUCAACCAAUACUCGCAAUACCAGCAACAGGGAUAUCAAAACUGGCCCGGUCAGAAGCAAUUCGAUAACCGCAACGGGCAGCCUCCAAUGAUGCAAACCAGCUCCGCUGACGAAGCCGCCGCCGAUGAAGAACGCCACGACAGCACCCAUGAUCCCAUCGACGAGAGUCAUGAAGAUGAUGAAUUCGCUCCUGGUGGGCAGGAAGAGGUUCAAGAGGCCCUUGGAGAAGACUACCAGAAGACUGCGAGCACCACCGCUCCUCCUGAAACUUCCGCUGUUGCAGAUGGUCAAGCUGUGAAAGAGGUGAAACCUGCGUCGAAAGAUGAGCCUGCGGAUGUUGACACAGUGAAUGUGACAGCCAGGACCGAUGACCCAGAAAAUGUUUCACCACCGGUCUCGGAGCCUGUGAAAACAGCUCCAGCAGAAAAGCUGAUACCGGAAGCUUACAGCGAGGACCUGCAAGGCCCAAUGCCACCACCGUCGGCGCCACUUGGUCCUUCGGCUCAAUAUGGUGAUCAUGGCUUCCGCUCCCGAGGACAUGGUAGAUUCUCUUCUCGCGGCCGUGGCUCCAUUUCGAUGCCAAAUGGCCAUCUUACUCCGCCAGUAAAGCCACUUCCGCAGACAUCUUCUCCCGUGGAAUCAAAGGGGGUGGGCGUCCUCGGUGCGCCAACAGGUCCUAGAGCGAUGCGUGAACCAGCUGGACCGGUGAGGCCACCGUCGCGACCUGCCGCAGCCGGGUUUCAAAUCAUGGGAAGAGCGUCGAUGCCGGCCCCUCCGCGUUCGGAGUCUCGAGAUGUCGAGAGAAGUCGUAGCAGGACCCCUGAAAAAGACACGGACAGGUCCAGACGGCAAUCCGUUCAGGACAAGAUGGCCAACUCGAAAUACGAAGGAAAGGGGCAAGACGAGGCAGAUUAUCGUGACUCCGAGAGGGCAUCCAGGAAAUCAUCAAGACGCGGUACAUAUGAUGAUUAUGAUCGGAGCGAGCGAGAACCUUCCUAUGCGGAAUCGGAUUCUGGUGAUCACAAGUCGACUUCGCGACGCAGUCGAGGCAAUAAGGAGAGAGCGUCAAAGCAGCAGUCAUCUCGCUCUUCGCGGCGACAUCACGACGGAGAUGUUAAUGGCGACUACGAAAUGAACGAUUACAAUGAUUCGACAAGGUCCAAUCGAGACGAUUACGAGGUAGAUACUAAGAGCAGACAUCGGAGUAGCAAGUCCUCUCGAUACGACGACAGGGAUCGGGACAGGGAUCGGGAUCGGGAUUGGGAGCGAGAUCGAGAUCGAGAUAGAGACCGCGAUCGAGACCGAGACCGAGAUCGUGACCGUGACCGUGACCGUGACCGUGACCGUGAUCGUGACAAGACGCGAACCAAAGAGCGAGAUCGGGAGAACCGAGACGACAAACACAGAGAUCGGGACCGUGACCGUGAUCGUGACCGCGAUCGCAAGCGCUCUCGACAUGACCGCCACCGUGAAGACGGGGAGAAGCACCAGGAGUACGACUACGACUAUGAUCACGAUCAGCAGAAGGAUGAAGCCGUGGAUGAACCCGAGUCGCGACAUCGCUCCCGGCGUCACAAGAAAGAUCAUCGUCGCGAAGUCGAGGAUCCGAACGGCAUCGAUGGCUCAAUGGUCAAUGGACGCUCACACUCUCACCGCUCCAGUGGCACCGUAACACCAGCGCCAACGCAGUCCGCUCAACUCGAAGAGAAAGAUCCACACACCCUCGAACGCGAAGCGAGGAACCGUGAACGCAUGCUCAAAGAACAACAGCGGCGCGAGAAGGCAGCCAAACAAGCUUCAUCCUCUGGCGGCGGCGGCAGUGCAGCUGGAAGAAGAGUCACAUACAAAUACGAAGAGGACCUCGAGAGAGGGCUGGUUGAAGGCGAAAGGGAAAGCCAUGGGAGACGGUGGAGGUAG